GAGGCUGAACUGUGCAGCUGAUUGAUUCCAGACGUUAGCUUUAGCAUUUAGCUUCAGCCUCUCACACCGCUGCCGAGCUCCGUCCAGCGUGCAGCUGCCGACCGGAGCCACUGAAGUCCGCGGGACCAGAGACGGGCAGGGAGCGGCCAGCGGAGCAGCACAGCACCGGAAGCGGAGCAGCAGGGAGAUGGAGGAGGAGAAGAAGAAGAGGAGUCUCCUCCGGGAGGCGUCGCAUCAGAUCGUCGCCGGCGGAUCCGCGGGUUUGGUAGAGAUCUGCCUGAUGCAUCCCCUCGAUGUGGUGAAGACGAGAUUCCAGAUCCAGACGGGAACCAGUGACCCCAACAGCUACAAGAACCUGAGCGAUUGCUUCCGCACAAUCUUCCGUAAUGAAAGGAUAUUUGGCUUCUACAAGGGAAUCCUGCCUCCAAUUGUGGCCGAGACACCAAAGAGAGCAGUCAAGUUUUUCACUUUUGAACAAUACAAGAAGUUGCUGAACUUGACCCCUCUGUCUCCUGGUGUGGCGCUGUCUGUAGCCGGGCUUGGCGCAGGCUUGACUGAGGCUGUUGUCGUCAAUCCGUUCGAAGUGGUGAAAGUCAGUCUCCAGGCCAACCGAGAUUCGUUCAAAGAGCAACCCUCCUCAUUUGCUCAAGCCAGACGCAUCAUUAAGUCGGACGGCUUUGGACUGAAGGGUCUGAAUAAAGGAUUAACAUCAACACUCGGACGCCAUGGAGUUUUCAACAUGAUCUACUUUGGCUUCUACUUCAAUGUCAAGGAUGCUAUUCCAACCAGCCCGGACCCGACCCUUGAGUUCAUGAGGAAGUUCGCCAUCGGCCUCGUGUCUGGGACCAUCUCCUCCUGUGUGAACAUCCCCUUCGACGUAGCCAAGAGCCGCAUCCAAGGCCCGCAGCCUGUGCCAGGGGAGAUCAAGUAUCGCACCUGCUUCCAGACCAUGGCCCUUGUGUCCCGGGAGGAGGGAUACUUGGCUCUGUACAAGGGGCUGGUGCCCAAGAUAAUGAGGCUUGGACCAGGUGGAGCAGUGAUGCUGCUGGUCUAUGAAUACGUGUCCGGUUGGCUUCACAAGAACUGGUAACAAAAACAAAAAGGGAAGAACAAACCACCGGAGUGCCUUUAUGGGUUGUGCCUCAAUCCCAAUACGGUUACCUGACUCCAGUAACAUGAGACCAAAUGAGUUCAUCUUUGUUCAACGAUACACUGUUAUUAAAAAGACCAAAAUCUACAUUCCAGUUAGUGCUAGAAAGCAGCUUUCGAAGGAGAACCCCACAUCUCUAUCCAAGUCAUUUUUAUCAGAAAUUAAUUCAAAACAGCUGCAAUAUUUCAAAGCCGCCUGAAAAACACAUUUCAAUGUAAAACCAGUUCCAGUGUUUUUCAACACUGAGUCAAUCGGGGGUUUAAGGCCCUGAAAACCAGUUUUUUCACUUCGCUUCUAAAGAUGUUCAACAAUGAGCACAAUAUUUUUGAUAUAUUUUGUUUUUCCUCUAUUUCCUCUCACUGGUUUUGAGUGUAUGUCACAUGCCUCUCUGAGCCAAUCACAGUGAAGCAAUAUUUGAUUCAAAAUCUGAUGACAGUUGAGGAGUUGUAUGCUGAUGUUGCCAGUUCUCUUCCUCGAAUCAGCUCAAACCACAUCCUCAUCGUCCUGAUGAAACAGCUUGUGUCUUUGUGAGUUUAAAAGCAUAAUAAUAAAUGUUCAUUGUUGCUUAUUUAGUCACGAAUACGACAAGAAAUGCUCGAUAUUUCAAAUCAGGCUUUCCAGGGUUUAGCUGUUAAAAACAUUCCGCCAGCACCCAACAGUCCCAUUAAAUUCUAUCAAGCUGCACCAGAUUGCAAAACACUCAUAGAUAUUAGUCCACGAAGUUUGUCUGAUUUAUUUCAUGGGAAUUCACUGAUUAUUUUUAGGGAAAUCUGUGAAAAUAGAAAAAUAAAAGUUUAUUUUUUAAUCUAGCUUCCAAAAAAACAACUGGUCCCACUAUAGAGGACUUGAUUAUAUAUCAUCAUUAUAUAGCUGCACAUGUUAUUUGACCAAACUGGAACUUCCGCUGAGCCUCGUAUACCCGAGUCAUCUGCUCAUGAAGGAGCAACAGUUCAGCAACAGUUCACUAUGCACACAUACAUAUACACGUUCUGUAUAUACACUUCGUCAUGUACAUCAAACAUACAAGAUCGAACACGUGUACUGUGAUCACAGCCAUUGUACUGAGCCUCACUGCGUAUUUCAAACAAACCAAAUAUCCACAGUAGUGCCGUUAAUAAGGAUUUAUGGGUAUAGAAAACUAUGUGUGUAUGUUCAGGCCUGUUGCUGAGCUACUUUUAUUGCAUGACUGAUAUUUUAAUGUAUCAUCUAUAAAUUGGACAAAUAUCUUUUUCUUUUUUUUUUACUAUCUCAAUUUAGAAUAGAAUUUGUUCAGUUAUUUGCAUGUAUUGGUAACAAAUAAUAAUAAAAAAAAAAAUUGAAAUCAGA